CUCUUCCUCUUCAGAAGAUGAAGAAAUUUUGCUCUUUCUUUUACUUUUGCGACGCAGACGGAGGCGCUUGAGGGCCGCCAAUAGGAAUAUCUGGACGAAACGUUGGAUCGAACGUCGUCAAAUGAAAGGAGCAUGUGAGAAUAUUGUUCGCGAAUUGCGCUUUGAAGACCCUGAACAUUUUAGGCAUUAUCACAGGCUGGAUUCAGCAUCGUUUGAAGAAAUUUUGACCAUGGUUUCGCCACUGAUUCAAAAGAAGGACACAAAAAUGCGAUGUGCUUUAAAACCGAGGGAAAGAUUAUCUGUAACAUUACGAUUUUUAGCAACAGGUACGUGAAAAUUAUGUGAUUUGCCCUUUGAAUAUGGCUAUUUCAUUUAUGAUGCUAUUUAUAUACAUUAUGGAUAAUAUGCUUAUCUUACUGUAUUUUAUUAGGUGAGACUUUCAGAAGUCUUUCGUUUCAGUAUCGGAUUGGCGAAAGGACCAUUUCAGGAAUUGUUGAGGAAACAUGCCAAGCAUUGUACUUAAUAAUGAAAAGGAAUUAUUUGAAGACUCCAAACACUCAAGAAGAAUGGUCACACAUAGCAUUGGAUUUUAAAAACAAGUGGAACUACCCGUGUUGCAUAGGAGCAAUAGAUGGCAAACAUAUAGCAGUUCAACAACCCAAUGGCACUGGCUCCGAGUUCUUUAAUUACAAGCACUUCUUUAGUGUUAUUCUGCUAGCAUUGGUUGAUGCCAACUAUAAAUUUAUUUAUGUUGAUGUUGGGGCAGCUGGACGAGCUGGGGAUGCUGGAGUGUUUGGUGAUUCUGCCUUAAAAGAAGCAUUAAUUUCCAACUCCUUAAAUAUACCCCCUGCAACUACCAUCAGAGGAAUAUCUACAAAAGUUGAUUAUCACAUUGUCGCUGAUGAUGCUUUUCCCAUGACAACUCAAAUGAUGAAGCCUUACCCACAUCGAAAUUUGGAAAAAGAAAAACGCAUUUUCAACUAUAGAUUAUCAAGAGCUCGCAGAGUUGUUGAGAAUGCAUUUGGGAUUCUGGCCCAUAGAUGGAGGGUUUUUUUGACAACCAUAAAGGUCUCACCAGACAAGGUGACUGAUAUAAUAUUAGCAGCUUGUUGUCUGCACAACUAUAUGGUAGACAAGAAUAAAGUCAACUACACAGCAGCUGGAGACUUUGAGAGUGCAGACCAUACAUUGUCACCUGGAACAUGGAGAAAUGAUCCAAUCUUAAAUGGUUUACAACCAACCCCCAUGCACAAUCCACCAAGAAAUGCAAAACAUCAGAGGGAAGUUUUAACUCAGUAUUUUAACAAUAGUGGUUCCGUUCCAUGGCAAGACAAUAUAAUUAGGUUGUAAAGUUAUCUGAUGUAAAAUAAUAUUUUAGGUGUCCAUUAUACAUAUGUAAUAUUUUGUUAUUAGUAAAAUAAAAAUGGGUGGUAGCUUUAACAUCACCCGUAUAUAUUAUAAAGGGCAUACUUACAGAGUCUA